GUUCAACAAUUCAGAGUGUAAUGCGCAUUCGAACGAAUCGGUUUAACGUCUGUUUAUCAUGUGACUUCCCAAAUAGUUCGUAAAAUUAACCGAAACUUCGGCCUUAAUUAUAGACGUCGAGUUGCUUUCAGUUUUAACCAUCGAUGGAUUAGAUUCGUGUACAUUUUUUUAUACUUCUUAAAUUUUAGAGCAAACAAAGUUCCUUUAUUUUAUAUGUAGGUAAAUUAUAAUAUUAUCGCAGUUCUUUCAACUUCGCGAGUGGAUUAGAUAUAGUGAUGUGUGUAUUGUGAGUGUAAAAAUUUUUAAUUGUGUAAUAAUUCUGUGGAAAUUUUUUGCUGACUUGCUGAGAAAUGAACAAACGUGCGUGUUUUUCCGGAAAACAAUUCUAUACGAUGGAUUUUUAAAUAUCGACAGGAGAUGCUAAAAAUGAACGUUAACAAGAGAUGAGUGUUCAAAAAAGAGGAUUCGUGUUUUUAACAUUUCUCGGUUCAUGUAUCAGCAUCGUGUUGUUGGCUGCGGCAUUCGGUACCAAAUAUUGGACCGUUGCUCAAGCUCGGAAUACUCACAAUCCCAGCAAAUCCAGCGGUAAUAUUUACCUUGGUCUUUUCGAGGGUGAAAAGUCACUGAAUAUUGGUUACGGAUUGCGAACUUAUCAUAUCAAUGUCAUCGACGUUGCGCAAAACGAGCCGAAUAUUUUGGCGUACAGCUUGUGGCUCUCGACUGUAGCCGGAUUGACGUUGGGUUUGCUGUUUUCCGUUAUUUCUGCCAUAUUUUCAGUCAUUAAUACGGCAACGACGCCGAUAUCAGCGUUAACUGGAAUCCCCGGAUUAUAUUUGUGGAAUACGUUGGCCGCUUUAUUUGAAUUAGCAGCUGUUUGCAUAUGGACGUAUCAGUUCUAUUUAAAAUUGCAAUACAACGUGUUGAGUCAGAAUGAUAGAAAAUUGGCGUGGACGUCCGAAGGAAUGGCUCACCUUUCGUAUUCGUUCUGGUUUGUAAUCAUCAGUGCCGCCAUACAAGUUACGAAUGUGAUUUUAAUAUGCUACGCGACCACCACCAGAACGAAGAGCACGUCUCCAAUUAUAGAAGAAAAAACAAACGGAGCUAUUAUGUUGUACUGAUAUCACUCAAGUGUUGAUUGCCAUGUGAUCAAAUUAUACCGAUUUGUAUAUAUUUUUCUUGUACAUAGUAAAAUUAAUAAAAGAAAUUCUUUUCUUCGA